AUGGUUGGUGACGAUGUGAUUCUAAACCCUAGAAGUUCUGGCAACUUUCAGCAUUACUUCUUCUACCCACGACUAUGCUCAGCAGUAAAAAUCAUCAACCUGAAAGUUCCACCCACGUACCUGCUGGAUCAGACCUCCAAAACGCCCGACCCGCUAAUACUCGAUUGCGAGUACGAGGUGGACGAGAACGAGAAAGGAUUCGUGCUUAAAUGGCUGCUCGAUGGGCAACCCGUCUAUCAGUGGAUCCCUUCAAAGAAUCCCUUCCCAUUCCAAUCGUUCAAGAACCGAGUUGACACCAGCUACGUCGUGUCGCAGGAGGAUAUGCACAAACACCGGGCAAUGGCGAUUAUCAAACCGUUGGCCAAUUUCACCGGGGAGUAUAGCUGCAUCGUGCAGACAUACGCUUCGAUUGACCGGAAGGCAGCUAAACUGAAAAUUAUAGUGCGUGAAAGCAAAUUCGAUCUUAGCUAUUACUCCAUUGCAAGUGGUGAAGUCAUCGUUGAAUGCCAUGCACGUGAUAUUUCUCCUAUGCCAGAACUUCAAAUUCGAAUAAACCAUGAGCUGUUUGAGACGGAAAAUUUAAAAACCGUUCAGGGUGAGAACGGACUCUACAACGUGUCCAUCAGUGGAGCUCUGCGGAAGGAUCAGCUCGAAUCGCCGGCCCAAAUUGAGUGUUUGCUCGCAAUACCGGAAACGAAUUAUAACAAACGCCGAUCCACGACGUAUUAUGCAUCCAAAGCUAAAAUAAAUUAUAAACCGCUUGCAGAAUCGCACCUCAAAACUACCACUAGCACAGUAGCAACUACAACGACGGUUCGAAUGCUACAAACGGCACCGGAAAACUUACAGAAGAAGGGAUUCAACGCUUCCGAGUCUAACGGCGCUAGCAGCCUUCCGGUGCCGAUGCAAACGACCACAAACAUGCUGGCGACCGUAGUCACGAUUUUACUGAUUUUCACCACGACGCUAUUGUAG